UUGUAUGUUGUUGUGUUUUUGCAAGGUAAAGAUGCAAGGCUAAAGUCAUGUAAAGCAUGAAUCUUAGCAGCUUUAACUGUGAUCCWGUGAGUAUUAUACUAGUUACAGCAGGUAGCAGAGGACAGAAGGUCUUGUUUCGUUAUCCAGUCUCGACGGACAAACCGGAAGAGGUCGCACAAGAAAGCGAUCCAACCAAAAGCUUUUAUGAUGUGUCAAAGACUGAAGACGUCAGUGCAGCAAGUUUUUCAGACACCACAUUGGCAAACAUACUCACACCCAAAGUCGAAUURUCUGGGAAAACAUUUCUUCUCAAAAUUGACAAUGUAAUAUUUGUUGGUCAUCCAAUGGAGCUGCAGGGACCACUUAACUUGAAGAGAUGUGAAAGCAGCAAGAAUCAAGAGAAUGUCAUGCUCAAGUUAUUCAACGUUGUCUUUGUUUUGAAGGCAGGUGUAGAGAAUUCUGUGAUCAAUUGUUAUCACGAUCUUUCAAAAAGAAUUGCAAUAGCUCUCAAGCAUGAAGAACACAGAUGUUGUUAUCUGACAAGACAAAGAGAAAAUAUGCUAGCAGUGCACGAUGAGAUUUCAUCCAUGCCAGAAGAUUCUGCUGAAAAUCCUUUYGAACACAUGCUUCCAAAAAGUACCCUUGCAAGAGACCUAAAAGAUGCAUUUCAAAGUUUAUGUGAGACUGGUGUUGUACAACUAAUGGUCAAUGGAUGGGUUAAUGUCAGUUUUUGUUUGCCUCACAAAGUACACAACCUAAACCAAGGAAUUCUCAGAGUUCCACCAAAGGCUAUCGAAGCAUCACUUGCUGCUAUGAGGCCAUAUCACACAUUGCUGUUUUUGGUAGAAGAAGACGCCCUAUUAGCCUCGCUUCCAGGUGAUUGUUCACCCGCGCUCACGAGGCUUGUACGUAGAGCUUCUCCACUGAAAAGUUUUACAACUCUCUCACAGGACACAGAUAUCCCAUUGUCUCAGAUCUUCGCAAUUGCAGCACAUCUCGUGUACUGGGGAAAAGCGUCCAUAAUCUUCCCGCUUUGUGAAAGUAACGUAUACGCGGUAGCACCGAGCAUACCAGUCGAUAUGUCUUCGCCUUUAGUUGACGAAUUUUCAUCUCGCUUUCCAAAAAUAUCGCUCCAUGAAACAUUGGCUGAAUUCUCCUUGCCAAGCCCUCUGGCCGAGCAUUACAAUCCACUUAGCCUCCCACAGCAACAGGCAGAAAAAGUUCAAAUGGUGGUAUGGAUGUUGCAACAUCGACUACUUAUUCAGUUACAGACCUAUGUCUUCCUCGUACCGUCAGCUAAGUUUGACCAGCAGUCUGACCCAUCUAGUGGUGCGCGAGGYCGACGACGCAUUCGAUGGAUAUUUGGCGGGAGUUACACAGAUACAUUCUUGCCAUUCACUGAUAAAGAACCCGUGGAUACGAUGGAGCCUACAGCAAUCAACAAAAUAAUUGACAGUGUGAGGUCUUUGUCGUUUGCUGAGAAAAUGAGCAUUAUGCAGACUCCUGCAUCGUCAGAUGAAGAAGACCUUAAGUUAUUCGCCAGACUCGUGCCAUAUUUUCGUGGCAAGCACCACAUCGAAGAGAUUAUGUACUACAAUAACUUGCGUCGAUCUAAACUGCUUACGUUAAUCGAUAAAUUCAAAGAUGUCUUGUUUUUGUGUCAACACGAGGAUCCUGCCACAGCAAGUUUUCAUUGUAGCUAACGAUAAACUAUCACAAAGGCUGAAGGAUUAGGAUCCUUGGAAACCAUGACAGGACAAGAACAUUCUAAACACUAAACAUUUUGAUGUYGAUGGCUGCUCCCACUCCUGCUCAUCAAUGCCUAGACGACAGGGGUUUAAGCUAGACUCAMCAUCAGUGUCYUAAGCCAAGCAGAACRUUAAAGACUAAAGGAAAAGAAAGAUACUGGAAGGCGGACGGGCAAGAUAACAGACUAUGGCUGAGAAUACAUCCCCAUCCCACCCCCCACURGUACACGUUAUUCUAUAUACUUUAUAAUUGCCAGAUUUCCUAGUAACUGCAGUUUUUUUAUCUAUAGUUGCAUCAAGUCGCUAAAAAUACUAAAAACUAAAUAACUAACAUUUUAUAUAUAUGAUAUCAAAGAGGCAAGAUUUUGCUGUAACUCCGAGUUUCGUGCUACGCACUCAUCAGACAGUAUUUAAAAAUAACUAGCUCUACACUUUAUGUGUAUUGAGCACUCUUUAAUGGGAUCAGCCACUUCCUCAUAGGAUUAACUAACAUUUUAAUUAACAUUUGUAUUUCCUGUAGAAAACAGGUGUGGUGAAAAAUUGCAUGAAAAACACCAUAAAAAAUCAUUUUUCGUUUACGUUAAGAAUGCAGAACACAUCUAUAAAAUAGAAUUUUAAGUGAUGUAUGAGAUGUAAACAAUGAAUAGAUCAAAACUUUGAGAGCUUGAGAGAAAUACCCUGUGGAUGACCGUGUUUUCCAUUAUAAGAACGAUCUUCUCUAUAAGYCGUAUCGGAUCAAAGAGAACGUCCUGAGUUAAUUAGGAAUUUUUGCAUAAUCUUUAAGAGGAAAAUGGUAUUCUUAUAUUGUUCUGGYCUUUAAUCCCAGUAAGAAGUGAUGACAUUUUGGUUUUAUCUUGCGUAAAAGUAAUGGCGUCAUGCGCAUGUGAUAGCUAUAKGCGUCAAAUACAAGCAAAAAACUACAAAUUGUAUGCAAAAAUGUAAAAUACACUGAUUGUAAAAAGUU